AUGGAUCACAAUUCAAUCGAUGCUCGUAGCUCAUUUGUCAACUGCGACCUAAACGUCAAUUUGAAUAUGUACGAAGACAAACCGGAAAUGAUUCAAAACAAAAGUAUUCAAACGAUUGGAAAACAAUUGGCAAAUAGCGGAUCACAGAAACUAACAAAUGCCAGAGUUACUCGUGUACAAGAGAAAAUAAUCCUCAACUGGGAAAAAGAAAUGACGACAUCGCCAUUUACCGAUCUCAAGUUGUUUUGGUCUGGAAAACUAUGGGAGCCAUUUGGAAGCAUCGGGAAAAUUCUUGACACUAUUCUCUGCGAAGCCACAAUUAUAAUUAACACUCAAAAUGUGUCGGACUAUAUGGUAUUGAGUAAAAGUUGUUGGACAAGUGAUGAACCAGCCUACAUAGACCAUCCAGAAUUGCUAAAAAAUCUAAAAAUUCAACAGCUGAUCAAAGGUGUAGUUGUCGAACGUCUGGCAACUAUCCAUGAGUUGGAGUUGAAGGAUGUGGAAGUGAAAAAUGUUCGAACAAUUGACAAUUCUCAGCGAAAAAUUAUCGAUUUUGUUGGACGACCAGCCUUUUUCACGAACAGUAUCACUUACUGUCAAGUUAAAAUCAAUACGCACGAGCAAAUCGAUGAAUCAACGUGUGUCACUAUACCUCAAGAUGAAUGA